AUGGUUUCGAGGUCUUAUUCCAACCUAUCGGAUCUUACUUCUGGUGAAUCACCAACUUUUGGCCGAGGGGGGAAGAGGUUGUCUCGAGUUGUGACUUUUGCUGGGGUGUUGUCUGAGCUAGAUGAUGAAAGUAAGAGUAGUGUUGGCUCUGAUGCUCCCUCUUCUGUCUCCCAAGAACGGAUGAUCAUUGUUGGGAACCAACUUCCACUUCGGGCGCAUCGGAGAUCUGAAGGUGAGGAAGGGUGGAACUUUAGUUGGGAUGAGGAUUCCCUUCUUUUACAACUCAAAGAUGGCCUCGGGGAAGAUGUAGAAGUUAUCUAUGUUGGUGGUCUUAGAGAGGAAAUCGACCCGAGUGAACAAGAUGAUGUAGCCCAAACUUUGCUUGACACAUUCAAAUGUGUCCCGGCUUUCAUCCCUCCCGAGCUCUUUAGCAAAUUCUAUCAUGGUUUCUGCAAACAGCACUUAUGGCCUUUAUUCCACUACAUGCUUCCGCUAUCACCAGAGCUUGGUGGCCGCUUUGAUAGAUCCCUGUGGCAAGCUUAUGUGUCUGUGAACAAGAUAUUUGCUGACAAAGUAAUGGAAGUUAUCAGUCCUGAUGAUGAUUUUGUGUGGGUUCAUGACUACCAUUUGAUGGUUUUACCUACUUUUCUGAGGAAAAGAUUUAACAGGGUUAAGCUUGGAUUCUUCCUUCACAGUCCAUUCCCAUCAUCAGAGAUAUACCGCACCCUUCCUGUAAGAGAUGAACUUCUACGAGCACUUCUGAACUCUGACCUUAUUGGCUUCCACACCUUUGAUUAUGCGAGGCACUUUCUCUCUUGUUGUAGUAGAAUGCUCGGCAUAUCUUACCAGUCCAAGCGAGGUUACAUUGGUCUUGAGUACUAUGGUCGUACUGUAAGCAUUAAGAUUCUCCCAGUUGGGAUACAUAUGGUCCAAAUUCAGUCUGUCUUAGACCAGCCGGAGACUGAAUCAAGAGUUGCUGAGUUAAGGGAUCAGUUCAGGGGUCAGACUGUUUUGCUUGGAGUUGAUGACAUGGACAUAUUUAAAGGAAUAAGCUUGAAACUUUUGGCUUUUGAACAAUUGCUUAUACAGCAUCCUGAUAAGAGGGGCAAGGUUGUUUUGGUUCAAAUAGCAAACCCUGCCAGAGGUCGAGGAAAAGAUGUACAGGAGGUUCAGUCUGAAACUUAUGCUACAGUUACCAGGAUUAAUCGGACAUUUGGGCGACCAGGAUAUGAGCCGGUGGUUUUGAUUGAUACCCCACUUCAGUUUUAUGAGCGAAUUGCUUACUAUGUAAUUGCAGAGUGUUGUCUCGUCACAGCAGUGAGGGAUGGGAUGAAUCUAAUCCCUUAUGAAUAUGUUAUAUGCCGACAAGGAACUGAUAAGCUAGAUGAUACCUUGGGCCUUAGCCCAUCAACACCAAAGAAGAGCAUGCUGGUGGUUUCUGAGUUUGUUGGGUGUUCGCCAUCUCUUAGUGGUGCAAUUCGAGUUAAUCCAUGGAACAUUGAUUCUGUGGCUGAAGCUAUGGAUUCUGCUUUAGUUGUCUCUGAGGCAGAGAAACAAAUGCGGCAUGAGAAGCAUUACAGAUAUGUGAGUACUCAUGAUGUUGCAUAUUGGGCGCAUAGCUUUUUGCAAGAUCUUGAGAGGGCAUGUAGACAUCAUGUGAGGCGGAGGUUCUGGGGUAUUGGUUUUGGUUUAGGAUUCCGGGUAAUUGCCUUGGAUCCAAGUUUCAGGAAGCUCUCCAUUGAUCACAUCGUAUCAGCUUAUAAAAGGACCAAGAACCGAGCAAUUCUUUUGGAUUAUGAUGGUACUAUGAUGCAGCAUAGAUCAAUCAUCACAAGUCCCAAUUCAGAGGCUGUGGGUAUCUUGAAUAACUUGUGCAGGGACCCCAAGAAUGUGAUGUACAUUGUUAGCGGGAAGGACAGAAAGACUUUAACUCAGUGGUUUUCUUCUUGCGAAAAGCUAGGAAUUGCAGCAGAACAUGGUUAUUUUGUAAGAGUCAUGAUCGUGGUGGUGGCAGAAUUGGGAAAUGAAAUGGUGGUUGUGCUUUGUGCAUAUGAUGAUGGCAGAAAAUUGGGAAAUGAAAUGGUGGUUGUGCUUUGUGCAUAUGAUGAUGGCAGAACCACAACGAAUGUUAUUCUUUUCAGGCCAAAUGAAGAUGCGGACUGGGAAACUUCUGUUGCUGUGCCAGAGUUUUACUGGAAACAGAUUGCUGAGCCAGUCAUGCAAUUGUACACUGAAACAACUGAUGGUUCUGCCAUAGAUACAAGAGAGAGUGCACUUGUUUGGAAUUACCAGCACGCGGAUCCAGAUUUCGGCUUAUGCCAGGCUAAGGAGCUUCUAGAUCACCUGGAAAGUGUUCUUGCCAAUGAACCGGUUUCUGUCAAGAGUAGCCAGCACAUUGUAGAAGUUAAACCGCAGGGUGUCAAUAAAGGUCUCGUUGCAGAACGCCUCCUAGCGACAAUGAAGCAGAAGGGAAUGCUUCCCGAUUUUGUGCUCUGUAUUGGGGAUGACCGUUCAGACGAGGAUAUGUUUGAGGUUAUAAUGGGUGCAAUGGCCAGUGGUUGUCUAUCUCCAGUUGCAGAAGUGUUUGCUUGUACUGUUGGCCAGAAACCCAGUAGGGCCAAGUACUACUUAGAGGAUACCAAUGAGAUAUUAAGAAUGUUGCAGGGUCUAGCUUCUGCUUCUGACCAGAAGGAAUCAGUUAUUAGGAGACUCGAUGAGAGGAUUCAUCCAGUUCUUCAGUUGCACUCAAGUUUCGGUAAAGCUGUGGCUUAG